GUUAGUGUGUGUGGUGCAGUUGUUGUUGGGUUGUGUUUUUGAGGUUUCUGCUGUUAUUCUGCUGUUACUCUUGGUGCUGUUCUUGCUGCUGCAGCUGCUGUAUUAUCAUCAUUAUGGGUGAUGACUGGGCCAAGGCUGCCGAGGAGCAGGAGGCCAGAGAUAUUAUAGCUAAGGUUGAGAACUUGAAGAUUCCCGACACCGAGGAGGCUACAAACAAGAAUGGUAAAGCAGAGAAGGUUGAAGCUGAAGAUGCCAAAGCAGUAGAUAGUAAACCUGAAGAUACCAAAGCAGUAGAGGUUAAAGCUGAACAUGCUAAUGCAAAAAGUGCUAAAGCUGAAGAAGAAAAGCUGAAUUUAAAGGAGACCAACAAUGAUUCCUCUGAGGAAAAUGUCACUGCUGCAGACUUGUCGCUGAUGAGGAAGGUGAUGAGGAAGGGAAUUAUUGAGACAAAGAACAAUGUCGAGGUGUACCGCAAAGAUCCCCACAAUCCCUUGUUUUGUGCUAAGACUUUUGAGGAGCUUAACCUAAGGAAGGACCUCCUUGAGGGGAUUUAUGAAAUGGGAUUUAAGCUUCCUUCAAAAAUUCAAGAAAUCUCACUUCCAAUUCUUCUGCUGAGCCGUAAGUAUCUGGCAUGA